GUGGCCCUCGGGCCAAAAAGUUUGCCCACCCCUGGUCUAUUGGCUUCUUUGUGGAGCCAUGGCUGCAGCCGGGAAUCCUGUGAAGAGCCUCCGAGAUGAAGCUACUUGCUCCAUCUGUCUGAGUUUUUUCAUGGAUCCAGUGAUUAUAGAUUGUGGGCACAAUUUCUGCCGAGCCUGCAUCACCCAGUGCUGGGAGAGACCAGAUGCAGCCAUCUCCUGCCCUCAGUGCAGAGAGACCUUUCCCCAGAGGACCCUGAGGCCGAACAGACAACUGGGGAACGUGGUAGAAAUCGCCAAGCAGCUGAGUGUCCCAGCAGCAGCAGGAGGAGAUUUGUGCAACGCGCACCAGGAGCCUUUCAAACUUUUCUGUAACCAGGACCAAACGCUCAUCUGUGUGAUCUGCAGGGAGUCCCAGGCGCACCACGCUCACAGGGUGGUCCCUACAGAGGAGGCUGCCCGGGAGCACAAGGAACAAAUUCAAACCCGACUGAACACCCUGAAGCAAGAGAGAGAAGAACUUCUGGAGUGGAAACAGGAUGGAGAGAAGCAAAGCCAGGAAUAUCUGGGAAAGAUAGUAGCUGAGAGGCAGAAGAUUGUGUCUGAAUUUGAGCAAGUGCGGCAGUUCCUGGAGGAACAAGAGCGACUCCUGCUGGCCCAGCUGGAAGAGUUGGACAAGGAAAUUGUGAAGAUACAGGAUGAAAAUGUCACCAAACUGUCUGAGGAGAUUUGCCAUCUCAGUGACUUGAUCAGUGAGAUAGAAGAGAAGUGUCAGCAGCCAACAAGCCAAUUCCUGCAGGACAUCAGAAGCACCUGGAGCAGGUGUGAGAAGGUGAAGUUUGAGAAACCAGUGGCCGUGCCAGAGGACCUGAGAGAGAGAGUCGGCGUCUCUUCUCAAAGAAAUGUUUGUCUGCAGGAGGCUCUGAAGAAAUUCAAAGAGACCCUGCCCUAUCAACUGCGCUUUCUGAUCUCAAAGGCAGAGAAAGAGGUGCAGGCCACUCCAGAUCCAGACCUGGCAAAUCCUUGUUCCAUCGUGUCCACAGAUGAGAGUGUGAUACAGAAAUACCAAGACACGGGAUACUCAGUGCCACAGGACAUGUUUUAUCCUGCUGCCUGUGUGCUGGGCUAUAAGGGCUUCACCUCAGGGAGAUGUUACUGGGAAGUGAAGGUGGGGAACAAAGAUGAGUGGGUUUUGGGCAUUGCCAAAGAGUCUGUGAUACAUGAGGGAGCGAUAAGCUGUACACCAGAGGAGGGGAUCUGGGCUUUGCAGAGUACAGGGAAUGAGUACUGGGCCCUCACCUCCCCUAAGACUGCUCUGGACCUACCUCGUAGCCCCAGUAACAUUGGGGUUUACCUGGAUUAUGAAGGACAGAAAGUUACAUUUUAUGACAUUACAUCUUCUGGCAAAGAGCCAAUCUUUACUUUCACAUCCUCUUUCACUGGGAAGAUCAUCCCCUUCUUUGGGAGCCAGUGUGUAGAAUAUCAGUAUCUAGUCAGUAGUGAUCCCUGGAAUACACACCAGGUAAUAGAUUGGCAAAGCAUGCCAGUAAAUUAUAACUCUCGGGCAUACCAUUUGUAGGAAUGUGUUGCUCCCUAAUCCCAAGCCUUGAAGAACGGCAAACUGUUCCCUUGGCAAUGAGGCAAGAGUAACCUUGUUCUAGCGCCUAUGUUUGGAAAACUUAUUGGCAACCUGACAUCACCUUUGCAGCUGGUGUUCACGCGCUCAAGAGAUGGGUUCGUUAUCUUAUGUGCAUGUAUACUGUCUGGCUUUUCUAUGCGCAAGAAUGUAACCACUAAAAAGUGUUGUAAACAAAGUAAGGAGAAAAAUAAAACCCCCCAAAAAAGUUUUCCUGAAAGGCUUUUUGCUUGAGGCUUUUGAAGCUCUCUGGCUAUCACAAACCUGGUGUUCUAUUUCCUUUCCUGUGUCGUCACCACAACCAUUAAGACCUGUGACAGAGGAGCAGGGAUCUGAGUGAUAUGAGAUAUCUAAAGUAGAGCAAAGACAUGGGUAAUAUAUAAAUUACAGCUAUCACACUUUGCCAUUCUAAUCACAGUCUUGCCGCCCUCAAGCAUUCAAAAACUGUGUCAGGCCCCCCACAAUCAUGAGAUUGACUUAAACAUCUUUUUAAAUUUUGUGUUAUUUUUCUUUUCCUUCUGGUUUCUCAGCUUUCAGGGUGUUCUUGUUUCCAGUCUUCAAUCUUUGCUAUACAAACAUGAAGGCUGGAAAUGUAUUUGUAAUAUAAUCUGAGCUCCCUUGCAAUCUAUCUACUCCAGCAGCUGGGACUGUAAGAAAAACACCGAGUGCUGCGAGACUCACAAUAAAAUGGUGAGGGAGAACAAGACUGACUUGCUCAGCAUUAUGCUGGUGAAUGGAGUUUCUCGGCCCUCUUACAUGCUUAUCUCUGUAAUUCUGGGAUCCUCCAGACACACAUGAACUGACCAACCAGCAGACACCAGGAGCCACUCCCAGGGUCACAGCAGAGCCUGCUUGUCUUAGAGCAGGUCUACACUUAAAAUACUGCACCGCCGCUGCGCCGCUGUAAUGCUUAAGUAAAGAUGCUCCUACGCCGACAGGAGAGCUUCUCCCAUCAGUGUAGUUAAUCCACCUCUGUGAGAGGCGAUAGCUAUGUCCAGGGGAGGAGCUCUCCCGUCAACGUACUGCUGUCUACACCGGGAGUUCAGUUGGUACGACUGCGUUCACUGAGGGGUGUGGAUUUUUCACAGCCCUGAGCAAUAUAGUUCUACUAAUGGAAGUUUAUAGUGUAGACCUGGCCUAACUUGUGACUCACUUAGGGUCAUCCACCUAAGUCCUCUGCUCUUUGCUUAUGAAUAUAAAAAACAUAAAAAGAAGAACAGGAGUACUUGUGGCACCUUAGAGACUAACAAAUUUAUUAGAGCAUAAGCUUUCGUGGACUACAGCCCACUAAUAAAUUUGUUAGUCUCUAAGGUGCCACAAGUACUCCUGUUCUUCUUUUUGCGGAUACAGACUAACACGGCUGUUACUCUGAAACCUAUAAAAAACAUAGUGGUGUUUCCCUCUCCCUGCAGUUCCCUAGGUCAAUGCUCCUAUUUUACUGUUUGGUUAUUUGGAUGCUGUAGAUUCAGAUGAGUAAAUUCACAGAAUAAAGUUUAUUUCUAUCUUC